GACUGAUAAACAUAAAAAAAACAUAUAUAUAUUUAUCAUCUCAUAGUUCAAGCACGCUAGUUUCCUUAAAUCAGUGUAAGAUUUAACGUUGUUUCCAUACAAUGAAGAUGAACGUCCGAAUUUUGCUAUUCCUUUUUCUUCUAACACUUCUUAUAACCGAUGAUGUAAAUGCAGGAAAAUUUGGAGGAUCACGAGGCUCGUCAUCACGAGGCUCGUCAUCACGAGGUUCUUGGGGCUCUGGACGCACGACAGGCUCGAGCUCGACUAGUCGAGGAAGUUCAUGGGGUGGACGCACGACAGGCUCGAGCUCGACUAGUCAAGGAAGUUCAUGGGGUGGGCGCACGACAGGCUCGAGCUCGACUAAUUAUGGAAGUUCAUCAGGCGGACACACGACAGGAUCGAAUCCUUUUAAACCCGGAAGUUCAUCAGGCGGACACACAACAGGAUCGAAUCCUUUUGGCUCAGGAGGACACUCGACGGGAUCGAGUCCUUUUGGACACGGGAGUCCACCAGGAGGACGUCCAACAGGAUCAAACCCGGUUGGAACUUCGAGUCAAACUUCGCAUCAGCAAAAUAAAGAUGCAUCCACGACUCUCUUACGUGCUGAAGGAGGAGGUGCUACUCGGCCCUCUCAAACGAAUUCCGCACAAUCUGUCCGGCCACCAUAUGGCAAUACAGGAACUUAUCCUGGGAGUCAUGGCACGCCAGGUUUUACAACAGAGAAUAAACAAAACUCUCCAUCUGCGCCGCAUAAACCAUCAGCUCCAUAUAAUCCAUCUGCACCGCAUAAUCCAUCUGCACCGUACAAUCCAUCAGCACCAUACAACCCAUCAGCACCAUACAAUCCGUAUAAUCCAUCGACCAGUGUUUUACCGAAAUCAACUAUAUCUUCGCAAAAUCAUGCUCCAACUUCUUUUGGCCAACAAAACGCGCCGGUACAAGGAAACUCACCUAGUCAACCUUCAUGGAGCAAUCCGCAUUUCAAUCCGAGCCACUCUUAUCCACCAGGUCCGACUUCUACUAACAUUGGCUUUAAAGAUCAUCUGCGUCCCAAUUCGAUGCCCGUUCCUUCCGCAUCUUAUCCUAUUUCUGGUUCCAAUCCACAUCCUCCUCUUUAUCCCGGUCAUUCCUUCGGUCAUUCGAAUCAACCUCCGUACAAUCCCAGUUAUUCUGCUCCCAGUCAAACAUUUGGACAUCCAUCCAGUUACCCAGCGCACAUUCCACCACCAGUCCCAGGUACAUUCGGGAAUCCCUAUUCUACGCAUCCCGUUGGCGGAACGUACGGCGCAGCUGGACACAGCUAUUACCCUCAACAACACGUCCUGGCACAGCCAGCAGCACAACCGUACAUACCUGGACAAACGGUCAUAAUGGUUCCUGGUCAACAAAACAGCGGUAGAGGCCUUGGCGAAAUGGUGAAGGAGGCACUCGUGUUUUCAACGGUCAAUGCUGGAGUGAAUAGGCUGUUAAACCCGUACCCUCAUCAUCACGUGUAUGAUUAUAAUAGACCAGCAACUAGUGGUACCAGCACCAGUGAAACGCAUAUAACUUACAAUAAUCAUUACUUUAACACUGAUCCUUCGGGCAGUGUUUCUUCGGCUUCACCAAAUAUACCUCAGGGAAAUACGUAUCCUGCCAAUCCAAAUCCUGCGAAUCCAAGUCCGAUGAAUCCAUAUCCAGUAAAUCCAAGUCCUGCGAAUCCAAACCCAGUGAACAAUCCGGUUAUUACUCCAGGUGUAUCAAUCCCUACAAUUGUCAGCAACAAUAGUAUAGCAUCUCCAAUUGGUGGUUCUGCAAAUACAAUGGCUACGGCAAACAAUAACGAAAUUCCUCCAGUUGUGCCUGUUAAUGGAUUUCCAGCUGAUAAUACAAUGAAUACUCAAGGAACGUUCAAUCAAGAAACAAGUAUAUAUUCCCCGCAGUAUAAAGUAUCGGACAAUGAUCUGUUGAUGUUAACCGAAGAAUUAUUCGUGCAACAAGAAAUCAAUAUAUCCAAGUAUUUGACGUUACAUCUACAGAGCAAAUCUGAGAACGCAACGCAAGAUGCAGCUAAGGGACCAUUAAUUUACGUGCAAGAAGAAGCGUAUGAUUAUCCAACGAUUUUAGCUAUUCGAGCGCUCUAUGAUAAAUACGAACAUAAUUCUACCGUGAAAGAGAAUCGUACAUUGGAAAAGCGAAAGAAAGAAGACCUUUUGUUAGAUAUAUUCCUGAGCACAAACGUGAUGGCCAAAACUAUGCGAUGGUUGUCGGAUCGAGGUUUCAUCGAUCCCGAUGAUUUCGAGAGGAAGGACACUUUGCGGCAUAUCUGGUUUAACACGUUCGACGGUGCUACCUCAGGAUUCGAGCGAGUAUUCACAUCCGAGAGAUAUGAUACGGAGCUUCUGGGCGUGCAGGAUUGGAUCUACUUUAAUUAUCAAGAAUCGAAGAGUCGUAUUGAUUACAUGGGAUACGUUGAUACUAUGAAGCUUGGCAAUAGAGCUUCGUUGGUGAAAUUGAACUUCCAAAUGGAUGGUAUUAUUAGACCAAACGCAACGAUAUUCGUGGGCACGCUUCCCGAACUCGAGAUGUCCUUAUACACAAUAUGUUUUUACACUAGGCCCAAUGACCUAUGUCCCAUUUCUCUUGGCGGAAGCAAGUUUAACAUUUUCACGCAUUCGUUUAGAUAUUACGGGAGAGAUCUGAUAGAUCUUGCGCUUCCCAUUUUUUAAUUCUGUACAAAGUAAGUUUAAUUUUAAGAGAAAAAAAAACAUUAAUGUAAGAACGAUUGUAAUAUACAAAUUAAUUUUUUUUGACUCUUAUUCUCAUACUGCAAAUUUUUUUGAAUUCUUUGACUCAAAAAUUAUAAGAAAUGCUCGUUUUAUUUUUCGAGUACGGCAAAAACAAGUCUUUUCUUAACAUCCUUCUUUUUUUGUUUAUCUCUUUUGUCUUUUAUCUAAUUAGCUGAGAUAAUUUAUGGCAUGGAUGUCCCACUCCCGUUACUACGUUACUGCUAAUAAGAAACAUGUGUUGUAAUUUAUUUGUAAAAUUUUUGCGAUUUUAUAAUAUUUUUACAUAACAAAAAUAUAUUUUUAUUAUUAAAUCAUUAUUACAUUUAA